AUGGUUAAGGCGACGGCCGUUUCUCCUGGCACUCCGAAGAAGGCGCAGGGAUUGAAAUCUUACCUCAAGCUGUUCCGAGAGUACACCAAACGGCCGGAAAACUUUCUCACAACUCAAAAUCAUGUGGCAGAGGACGUAAAAUCCUUGGUUAAGGCACUGUAUGAUCAUGGGACGAAAAAUCAGUUCAGCAGCCGCGAGGAUUCCUCGAAGGCCGUGUAUCUCGAGGAGCUGGUGACCGAUCAGAUGGACGGAGAGCAGAUUUUUCAGCAGCUUGAGCUUAAAAACGAGUAUCUGGUCAAACAGGAUCUAAAAACCACUUCCACAAUACUGUCCAAGAGUGAAAAGGGGAUGCUUCUAAGCUUUAGUAUCCGUUCACAAAGUGACGAAGAUUCAACGGGGGAGAUGGACGUGUCUGAAGAGAAUGGAACUACAAACGGCCAUGGUUCGGAUUCGGACAACGAGGACGAUAAUUUGGCCAGAAAGAAAAAAGUGAAAGGAAAGAAGAAAAGUUCAGAGAAAACUCCCAAAACUAAACGUUCGAUGGUCGACGAUCGGUUUUUCAAGCUGGAUGAUAUGGCCAAGUUCCUGGACGAGGAAGAUGAACGGGAACGGAGACGUCAGAAUGGGAUGACCGAGAAAAAUCCUCUCAUCGAAGUCGACUAUUUCGAUGAGCACACCGGUGAACGCGAUGACAGCGAAGAGGAGGAUUUAAAAUAUGGCGAUUUUUUUGAAGAUGAAGAUGAUGACGACGAUGAAAGUGGCAAUGAAGACAACGACGAUGAUCUACAAAAAUCCGACGACUGCGAAGAAGAAAGUGAAAUGGAUGAGGAAGCAGAAACUAAAGUCGAAAACAAUAGUGAAGCGGAUGAGCUUGACGAUGAGGCGGAAAUGGAACGCAAUCGAAAGCUUCGCUAUGAAAUUUACAAAGGACAAGGUGGUCUCCCGGUUGACGACUACGCGAAGCGCGAAGAGGGCCGCCCCGCGAAGAAGCCUUCAAUUGAACAGCCAGAAUCAAGCGAUAGUGAACCCGACGACGGCGGCGAUGAACCAAAAUCCUCAUUCGAAUUACGACAGGAGAAGCUGCGUCAAAAGAUUACCAGAAUGGAGGAGAAAAUGCUUAAGACUAAACCGUGGCAACUGAAGGGCGAGAUUACGGCCGAUACUCGGCCCCAGAAUUCGCUACUGGAGGAGGUGCUUCAGUUUGAGAGUACCACCCGCCCGGUACCGGUCAUUUCAGAGGAGACAACCAUGAAGCUGGAAGACAUCAUCCGGCAACGCAUCAAAAACAAGGCGUUCGACGACGUGGAGCGAAAGGUGCGCCCGCCGGAUAAUCCGCGCGAGUAUCGUAAGCAACUGGUUCUGGAUGGGGAGAAGAGCAAGGCGUCGCUCGCUCAGGUGUACGAGCAAGAGUAUCUGCAGCAGCUCGAAAAGUCAAAUCCAGAUGCGGCCGACCAACAAGAAGAGGAACCGAAGGAGCACGUCGAAAUUCGACGCAUGAUGAAAACGGUGCUGGCCCAACUGGACGCACUGUCCAACUUCCACUAUACACCGCGUCCAGCUGUGCCGGAGGUUAAGAUUCUUACCAACACGGCCGCCAUCAGUAUGGAAGAGGUGGCACCGGUGGCUGCAAGCGACGCAAACCUGCUAGCUCCCGAAGAGGUCCACAAUCGGCCGAAGGGCGACGUAAUGUCGAAGGCCGAACGCACCAAGACCGAUCAGAACCGCGAACGGCGGCUGAAGAAACGCUUCCAACAGCAAAAGUUCCAGCGCGAAGCGGAACGCGAACAGAAACAGCUGGCCAAGGCAAACGCAGGCAUCAGCAGCGGCGCCAAACAGGAUCGCCAACUGCAAACAUCGCUACUGAAGAAGGUUACGAAGGCCAAAAACGUACAACAAAUGGCCGAAACGUCGUCGGGCCCUUCGAAGUCUUCCACCGCGUUCUUUGCCCAGCUGCAGGAUGAGGUGCGGUCGCAGGUUAAAGCGAAAGCUAACGGAGCGCUAAAAAAGAAGAAGCCGAUGGUAGAAAAUUUGCAAGCAUCCAGCAUGAAACUGUGA